GUUUACAUCCGGAGAAUUCACGAAUCCCGCGAACCCCUCCGCCACAUCCUUGUCUGCCUCCCCGUCUCUGAUCGUAGUGAUUCGUUCGAAGAGUUUCGGUCAAGAGCAGUAUCUCUGAUUUUUCGGUGCACUCCUGUUGAUAAGGGAACGAAGCAGUUGUGCAUUUAUUCAAAAUUAUUGUGGGUCAGAAUCCAAAGCAAGAAUGAAGGUUACGGUGACGACGCUCAGCGACGACAGCGUGUUCGUCCUGGACGUAAGCGAAGAGUUGGAGCUGGAGAACUUCAAGGCGUUUUGCGAGAUCGAGAGCGGUGUGCCGGCUCAUGAAAUCGUUAUCGCAUUCAAUGGUCUGCCGCUCAUGGAUGAUAAAAAAUCGUUGCGCGAUCAUGGAAUCCGUGACGGCGAUGCUGUUAUCCUGCAGCACAUGCAUCAAAGCGGCAGCGAUCUGAACCUGCAAACCUUUAACAGAGCCAUUCCAUUACUGGACUUCAGUUCCAUCAUAGUUCCUGGAGUCAGUAAUAAUCAACGUCAGCCAUCAAUCUCUAACAACAGAGUACAAAAUCCUCGUAGUGAAGAUGAUCCAGCAAUGAUAAGGAACAUGUUCCAAGCUAAUCCGGACCAGCUGGCUUUGCUCAAGCAAAAUAACCCUAGAUUAGCCGACGCUUUACUAUCAGGAAGCCUUGAUAGAUUUUCGACUGUACUCAGAGAGCAGAUAGCCGCUCGAGAAGAACGGCAAGCACAACGGCUAAGAAUGAUGAAUGCCGAUCCGUUUGAUACCGAAGCACAGCGCUUGAUCGCUGAGGAAAUUAGGCAGAAAAAUAUCGAGGCAAAUAUGGAAGCCGCGAUGGAAUACAAUCCGGAGACUUUUGGCACGGUUGUUAUGUUGUAUAUCAACUGUAAAGUCAACGGAUUCCCGGUUAAAGCAUUUAUUGAUUCAGGUGCACAAACCACAAUUAUGUCCGCUGCCUGUGCUGAGAGAUGUCACAUUAUGCGGCUGGUCGACACAAGGUGGGCCGGAGUCGCGAAAGGCGUUGGAGUGCAGCGUAUAAUCGGUCGUAUUCACAUGGUGCAAAUACAGAUCGGCAAUGAUCAUCUGACAACGUCGUUCAGCGUCCUCGAGGAACAACCUAUGGACAUGUUGUUGGGCUUGGAUAUGCUUAAGAGACAUCAGUGUUGCAUAGACUUGAAGAAGAACGUUCUGAAGAUUGGAACUACAGGCACUGAGACUUCAUUUCUGGCAGAAGGUGACUUACCAGAGUGCGCUAGAUUAAGCGGUAAUAAUGAUGAUACUUUGGACGAUAGAGACCUUCAGCGAGCUCUUGAAGACAGUUCGAGAGAUGCUAAGAAGCAGAGACAGCAGCACGACGGGCAGAGUAGCAGCAAUCAAAGCUCGUCCAAUAGAGCCGCCGCUUUAGAGACAACAGUUUAUCCGCACGAUCCGUUUACGGAAGCCACGGUUAAGGAAUUAGAGGCUCUGGGUUUUACCAGAGCGCAAGUCAUCGCGGAGCUACGUAGAUUCAACGGCGACAAAACGCAAGCUACUGCAGCAUUAUUCGCGAAAUCACUGAAAUUUUGAACAUUAGAAACUGUCGUACGACUUGAGUAUGCAAAUCGCGUCAGCGAGAAGAGAUAGGCAUAGCGAAAUUGUGAAUAUUUAACACGCAAUAAAGAUGGAGGGGACCCACAAUCUUCAAAGCAAUUUGUAAGUAUUGUUUAGCAUCAUCGUCAAGUUAGCUAUCUCUGAUAUAGUUCUCAGCCGAGUGUCACUGAGAACUUUUAUAGCUUGAUUACGGGUUAAGGAAUAUUGCUGAUAACGUGCGUAUUGGGUUUAAUCUUGUGAACGUAAAUUGAACUCGUACUGGAUGACUCAAAGUUCCAAAAGUUACAAUAUUAUAAUAUUAUAAUAAUAUAAUAAUAUAAUAUUAUCUUGUUCUU